AUUCGAGUUUGCAAGCUCAAGCUAGAUGGAUCCUCCCUCAUGAGUUGGCUCCGUCUGGACCGGUGUGCGUAACUGGAGCGCAGAUAACUGUCUGCUAAACAAACAGGACAUCAUCGACUGAAGAAAAACCUAACUACUUUCAAUAAGUUCCUUUUUUGUAUUGUACUCUGGAAAAUAAUAUAAUUAAAUGUUCCUGUCCUGUUGUACGUGAUAAGUGGAUAGGACUACCUUUUCCAAACUUUUUAAUUGCGUGUUAAUGAGGGGACCGUACAGCCAUUCUGUCGGACUAUGGCGAAAGCAGUCUUCGUCAUUUAUCUCGUUGGAACAGUUUUUGGAAUCAGCCGAAUGACUGCCUUGGAGCUCAGGUUCAUGUCAGAACCCCCAAUGCUGAGCCCGCCAGAGAGAGUUCACAGGAUCAACACCUCCGACACCCUGGAACUCACCUGCAGUGGUCGUCAGGUCCUGGAGUGGAACGUUCCGUACAACAUGAGCCGGGCAGGAAGCCACCUCUCUACCGUUGACUGCCGGGGUUCCGGAUUGUUCUGCACCAGGCUGCGGAUCUCCACGGCAACUGUUAACGAGACCGGGGAGUACCGCUGCUCCUACACCGGCCUGGUACCAGAGGAGGCCAAGACGUCUGCUGCCGUCUACGUCUACGUCCAAGACUACAAGGUGCCCUUCCUCCCCUCUGACAAGGAGUACGAGGUGGUGUUCAUCCGCGAGGGCGAGCAGGUGGUCAUCCCAUGCAGGGGCUCCAUGGAGGACCUCAACGUCACCCUCCACACUAAGUACCCUAAGAAGGAGCUGUCUCCCAAUGGGAAGGACUGCCUGUGGGACAGCAGGACGGGCUUCACCGUGCCCAGUCACCUGAUCAGCUACGCGGGGGUGGUGUUCUGCCAGACCCACAUCCACAACGACACCUUCAAGUCCCCUCUCUACAUCGUGGCCGUGGUCGGAUACAAGAUCUACGACCUCACCCUGACCCCGGCGCACGAGAGGCUGUCCGCAGGCGAGCGCCUGCUGCUCAACUGCACCGCCCGCACCGAGCUCAACGUGGGCAUCGACUUCAAGUGGUCCCACUCCCAGAUCCAGGCCUGGAGAAAUGGCUCGGUGCCGUACUACACUCUGUCCCAUAAAAAGAAGCUGUGGAACUCUCUGGAACUGUCCAACACGCUGGUGGUGGAGAACGUGACAGUCAACCAGAGUGGAACCUACAACUGCACAGCCUCCAGCGGUCAAAUGGUGCUGACCAGCUCAGCAACCGUGGUGGUCUAUGAAAAGCCUUUCAUAGAGAUGGAGAAGCAGUGGGUGAAGGUCCUGGAGGUGAAUGUUGGAGAACAAACUGCCAGGAUCCCCGUCAAGUACUUGGCCUACCCCGAGCCCAACGUCCGCUGGUUCAAGAACGGCCAGGCGAUACGCAGGGACGAGUACCGGAUGAAGCCGGCCAGGGACGGCCUCACCAUCUACCAGGUGGUGGAGCAGGAUGCCGGGAACUACACGGUGGUGCUGACCAACAAGAUCACCAGGGAGGAGAGCAGACGCUCCUUCCAGCUGCUGGUCUAUGUGCCCCCCCACAUUCUGGAGAAGGACGUUGCCGUGGAUACAGACGUGUACAUGUAUGGCAGCAGCCCCACGCUCCGGUGCACGGCCAGGGGAAUCCCCACGCCAGCCGCCAUCCUGUGGCAGUGGAUGCCCAAGGAGGACUGCCCCAGCGCCUUCCAGUCAGGUGGUGUGAUCUCUGAGCUCUCAUUGGCUGAGUGUACCAACUGGAGGGACAUCAGCAACAGCACCAGGCAGAACCUCGGCCAUGACAUCACUUCAGACUUUGACCAAUCACACAAGGCUGUGAGCUCUCUGAAGAUACGCCGGGCUGAGGAGAACGCCCUCUACCGCUGCGUCGCCAGCAACAAGCUGGGAAAGGACCAGCGCAACAUCUUCUUCCAUGUGACACGUGGUCUGGAGCUGAGUGUGUCCCCGUCCCCGGAGCCCAUCGAGCAGGACCAGGUGGUGCUGAGGUGCAAGGCGGACCCCCUGCUCUACAGGAACCUGGCUUGGUUCCGCCUGGCCAACGUCUCCGAGACGGAGCCGCAUCUAGCCGUGCAGCCCUGCCGCACCCUGGCCCUGCCCGCCCGACCCCUGCCCGCCCGACCCCUGCCCCAGGCUCUGCCCCAGGCCUUGCUCGCGGGCCUGGGUGACACCAACGUGUCCCUGGAGCUGCCCCUGGCCAACGUGUCGCGCCGGGACGAAGGCCUGUACGUCUGCCAGCUGGAGAGCAUCAAGACCGGGGAGAAGACCUGCCUCCUCAGGCACCUCACGCUGAAAGCUCUGGAGGUGUCCAGGAUCCUGACCAACCUGACGGAGCAGAGGGUGAACGUGAGCGCCACGACAACGCUGGAGUGUCAGGUGACAGGAACUCCCACCCCCACGGUGGUGUGGAGCAAGGACAACCACAGCCUGGUGGAGGGCUCAGGCGUGGUGCUGGGCCGUCUGAACCGGACCCUGACCAUCCAGCGAGUGAAGAGGGAGGAUGGAGGCCUGUACACCUGCACUGCCUGCAACAGCCAGGGCUGCGACACCGCCCAGGCAUACCUACUCACACAAGGAGCUGAUGAGAAGACCAACGUGGAGCUGAUUGUUCCUAUCGGUUCUGUGGUCAUCGCCAUGUUCUUCUGGCUGCUCAUCGUGUUUGUCAUCCGCAGCAGAAAAAGGCCCAGUGGUGGAGACCUGAAGACUGGGUACCUGUCUAUCAUCCUGGACUCAGAGGACAUGCCCACGGAUGAGAACUGUGAAAGGCUGACGUACGACGCCAGCAAGUGGGAAUUCCCCCGGGACAGACUCAAGCUGGGAGAUCCUCUGGGGCGAGGGGCGUUCGGACAGGUGGUGGAAGCUGCCGCCUUCGGCAUCGAGAAGAACGCCACCUGCACCACCGUGGCUGUCAAGAUGCUGAAAGAGGGAGCCACUUCUAGUGAGUACCGAGCGCUGAUGUCAGAGCUGAAGAUUCUCAUCCACAUCGGACAUCACCUGAACGUGGUUAACCUGCUGGGGGCCUGCACCAAGCCUGGGGGUCCUCUGAUGGUGAUAGUGGAGUACUGUAAAAACGGGAACCUCUCCAGUUAUCUGAAGAGCAAGAGGGGGGAGUACAGCCCAUACAAGAGGAGGAGGCUGUGUACUGACCAGCAGUGGCUCAGAGUAGAGGGGGCCCUGGCGGAAGGGGGCCUGGCUGAGGGGUACCUGGCCGAGGGGGACCUGGGUCUGGGGACCAGCGCCCAGCUGGACAUCUGCACGGGGACCGCGGUGGGCUCCAAGGGGGGGACCAAGGGGACCAGGCCCCCCCAGGACGAAGAGAGCUCUGACUAUGACCACCUGACCAUGGAGGAUCUGAUCAGCUACAGCUUCCAGGUGGCCAAGGGCAUGGACUUCCUGUCCUCACGCAAGUGUAUUCACCGGGACUUGGCUGCCAGGAACAUCCUGCUGUCAGAGAGCAACGUGGUAAAGAUCUGUGACUUCGGCCUGGCCAGGGACGUCUACAAAGACCCCGACUACGUCCGCAAGGGAGAUGCACGCCUCCCUCUGAAGUGGAUGGCUCCAGAGACCAUCUUCGACCGGGUCUACACCACACAGAGCGACGUGUGGUCUUUUGGAGUGCUGCUCUGGGAGAUCUUCUCUCUGGGGGCGUCUCCGUACCCGGGCGUGGGCAUAGACGAGGCAUUCUGCCGCCGACUGAGAGAGGGCACCAGGAUGAGGGCGCCCGACUACGCCACCGCUGAGAUAUACCAGACCAUGCUGAGCUGCUGGCUGGACCGUCCCUCUGACAGACCCACCUUCUCUGAGCUGGUGCAACACCUGGGGCUCCUGCUCCAGGCCAGCGCUCUACAGGGGGGGAAGGACUACAUCCCUUUGACAGACGGAGAACUGCAGGGAUCUCUGACCUCUGACCCCAGUCGUCGGUACGUCAAAUCCCUCAGAGACGCGACCCUCGACCCCCAGGUCCACUACGACAACGCCCCGCCCCUCGGGCUCUCCCAACAAAGUGACAGGUGCAGUCGCCCUCUCAGUGUGAAGAUCUUUGAGGACAUUCCUGUCAGUCAUGGGGUUGUCAUGGAGGGCCUGACUGACAGCGGAGUGGGCCUAUCACAGGACGAGAUGAAGGUUCUGGGUCAUCAGCCCCAACGGACCCUCAGCCAACUGCUGCGCUGCAAGAGUAAGGAGUCACUGGAGUCCGAAUCGUCCAAUCAGACGAGCGGGUACCAGUCAGGCUACCACUCAGACGACGCCGACGCCCCCAUAUAUGCUAAUGAGGAGAUGAUUCUAAAGCAUCACAUGCAGAAGAAGCCGACGCCCACCAAGACCAAGUUCACUGUUGAAGUCCGCUACAGCACCCCUCCUGUCUAGCGACCGCGCCACCACCACCAGUACCCUUAGUAUACUCCCACACCUGCACACAAUUCACACAGACACACAACACCUGCACACAC